UAUCCGGAAGUAAUAAACAUGCUGCCGAACUUGACAUCAUUGGUAACAGCCAGCUGGAAGCGAUAGCUGAAGGAAUCUCGUUGACACAUCGGACAACAAAAUACGCGGGACAGAGGAAGACUCGCUUGCACAGUUACAGAGACAAGAAGUGCACGACUUAUUUGUCAGGUUAUUUUUUGGGGGGGGCGAGUGACAAAAAUUGGAAACUAUAAUGAUGACAGUCCUGGGCAACGCCGGUCGCUUGAUCCAAUUUGCCAGGAGCAGUGUCAGCCUUUGCACAAGGACUCAUGCUACUGUUGCAGCUUUGGCCCAUAAUGUGACCCCAGAAACACAGGACAAUAGGAAACCCAAGACAGGCAUCUUGAUGCUAAACAUGGGAGGACCUGAGAAACUAGAAGAUGUACAUGAUUUCCUGUUGAGGCUCUUCAUGGACACAGACUUGAUGAAACUCCCAGUACAGAAUAAACUUGGCCCAUUCAUUGCCAAGCGCCGCACGCCCAAGAUCCAGGAGCAGUAUAGUAAGAUUGGAGGAGGCUCACCCAUCAAACGUUGGACCGCCAUGCAGGGAGAGGGCAUGGUGAAGCUGUUGGAUGAAAUGAGCCCUGAGACAGCCCCUCAUAAGUUCUACAUCGGUUUCCGGUAUGUCCACCCACUGACUGAAGAGGCCAUCGAGGAGAUGGAGAAAGACGGAGUGGACCGAGCUGUGGCAUUCACACAAUAUCCUCAGUAUAGCUGCUCAACCACAGGUAGCAGUUUAAACGCCAUUUACCGUUACUACAGAAGCAGAGGUGAGAGGCCAAAAAUGUGCUGGAGUGUCAUUGACCGUUGGCCUACUCACCCUCUUCUGGUGGAGUGUUUUGCAGAACACGUGAGUAAUGAGCUGCUGAAGUUUCCAGAAGAAAAGAGAGAUGAUGUAGUGAUUCUAUUCUCAGCACAUUCACUUCCCAUGGCUGUUGUAAACCGAGGCGAUCCAUACCCCCAGGAAGUGGGUGCUACAGUCCAGAGAGUUAUGGAGAGACUUGGACACUGUAACCCUUACAGACUAGUGUGGCAGUCCAGGGUGGGGCCCAUGGCGUGGCUCGGCCCCCAGACCGACGAGGUCAUUAAAGGGCUUUGUGAAAGGGGGAAAAAGAACAUCCUGCUCGUGCCAAUCGCCUUCACGUCCGACCACAUCGAGACUUUACACGAGCUGGAUAUUGAGUAUGGACAGGUGCUGGGUGAGGAGUGUGGUGUGGAGAACCUCAGAAGAGCAGAGUCGUUGAACGGGAAUCCUCUCUUUAUGAAGGCUCUGGCAGAACUGGUCCAGUCUCAUCUGAAGUCCAAUGAGCCAUGUUCCCGCCAGCUGACCCUGCGCUGCCCACUGUGCACCAAUCCCACCUGCGGCGAGACCAAGGCCUUUUUCGCCACCCAGAAACUGUCAUAGAACAUGUACGAAGACAAGCGUACACACACAAACGCACACACACACACACACACACACACACACACACACACACACACACACACACAAACACACAUUUGGGCUCUGCCCAUAAGGACUCUGGAGACAUCAUGCACUGUCCAAUGUGGAAAAACACAGAAUAAAGGAAGAGGCUUUCAUACAGACUUUCACCUUCUAAAGGAAACGUAUUAUCAGAGAAAGUGGUUGAAAUAAGCUUUAUUGGCAUCUCAUUUGUUUACACAGACACAAUUUAGUGAUCUCUUUGCCUAUUGGAAUUGGUGGGAAAGUUUGAAACGUGAUCACAUUAACAAAAAGUCAGCAAUUAUAAGAAUAUUUAACUAAAUUAAGGUUUGUGUAUAAAUAGAAGUAUUACUCUGCUUCAUCCCAUCAAAAAUAACAUGAAAGACAAUUUGAUUUGUAGUCACUUUUCUUUUUCUUGCCAAAGUUUAAUUCUUACAUUCCAUCAUCUCGGCCCCUCCCACCAACCUUUUUGUUUAUCUGACUGACUGCGGUCGGAGGAUUGUGCUUUUUCAAUUAUAGUGUGGACACUGGGUGGGGUUAAAGUGUAAAAGUGUUAAUGACAAUGAUGACUUUAAAAACAGCCUUGUCUCAAUUCUAGAGAUGAUUUUUUUCUAACUGCUGUUUAGCAUACCAUGUUUCGUAGCAGGUUGUUUCAAGGUUGACUCUGCUGAAAGCUGAGCAGUUCAUCCUUUACGUAGCCAUCAUUGAUGCGUCUUCAUCAGUUAUUAUGUUCAAAAGGGACAACUCUUGCUAACAAGAAAAUUCCUUCCUGUCUCUUUAGACCGGAAUGGAACAUGUAAAUCUCCCCCUAAAGAUAUUCAUUUGUUUUUUUUCCCCAUGUUUACAUUAUAAUGUGCCUUUUACACUUAGAGUUUAUUUUUUUUCCUAUUAUUUAGAGUUUUACAAAUGGUUUCUUUUGAGAAAAGUGAAUUUACCAAAUGACGUGCUUGACCAUUCACCGAUUGAUAGCUAUGGUUUCGCUCUAAAACGAGAUUUCAAUCUCAAUGUGCUUGGUUCAUUUAAGGAUAAGAAGAUCACAAGGGACAUUGAAGGGGAGAUGAGAAUAUCACAAGUUCCAUGUUAGAUUCUUGUCAAAAUUGGCACUACUGGUAUUUGGUAUCAACCAUCUCCCCCUUUAAAUGCAUCCAAAAUCCCACUUUGUAACAAAAAAUCUCUCCGCAUAAUUCACAGAUGCUUGUGCUUCCAAAUAAUAAGGUAAGGGAUAAGGUUGCAAAAAAAGUCCCUCAACACUCUUAUGUACAUCCAUAGCUGAGGUUGCAUGAAAUGUCAACCUGAAUAUUAUUAUUGACGUGUACAAGGUUUUCACAGUGUUUGUGUACCGCUAAUUACAAACACGGUCAGGAUAAGCUAUGCGCUAAAUAUGCUAAGGUCAAUGCAAAACAAUACAGUUUUAAGUUAUAGCCACAGGACAACACUUACCGCUUGACUGCAACGCACAAUUGGGGAGCGAAAAAAGCAGUGCAAACAGUUGAAUGAGGUUCCCUGCUGUUUGUACUUUAAGGCAAUAUCUGCUGCCAAAAGUUGAAUUUUUCUUGUGUGUUCAUCUGAAAAGUGCAUUUAGUAGAAUCACUUUAUAAUCCCCCCCCCCCUUUAUGUUUGAAUGUAUUUAUUUGCUUUUGAUUUAUUGUAUUACCUGUCUCUAUUGUUUAAAACAGAAAUUGAGUCAUGGAGUUUCAGCAUGUCUUCCUCUAUAGUCAAAUAAACGGCAAAACGUGAUACAUGAAAA